UUCUCCUCGCAAGCAGCAUUUAGGUCACAAUUUGUGACUUGCCCUCCCCUUCACUCAAAUUCCAACAUUCGCACCCCGAUCGUGGUAUUCAAAUUUAGAGGAGUCCUAUGGACAAAAUGAGACAGAUUUUCGGAAUACUCGGUCAAGGUCAUCGAGAAAUAUCGGGAGAGAACCAAAGUUUCGGAUUAUCUUGAGGACCGGUUUGGAUUGAAUUAUUACCACAUUUUCGAUAGUUUUGGAAUUGAAUCCCCAUUUUUUGUGAACCACCGCCAAGGAUUUAUUAGAUAUUCAAACGAUGUAAUUACUGAUAGUGGAGAUUCUUUGUUUGGAUUUAUCAUUUUGUCACUGUGGAUAUAAUAAUGACGUAAGUACAAAUUGUGAUUUUCAACUCCUGCAAUUGGGAUUACGACAAAUGUGUGUGUAUUUUCCCAUACCAGGUGGAUAAUACUGGAGUAUUGAAGUUAUCACACAUGUGCAUCCAUUCUUAUGAUGCAAAGGGACAAAAAUACCGCGGGAGGUGGUACCAAUGUUGGCCGUUCUGGGGCAACUCCUGGACGCCGACCCUUCCUCCCCGAUCAAGAUGGUCGGCAUAUGCUGAUCAAAAUUAGGGACACUUUACAUAACCGGUUCAAAAGUGACGAUUCUGGCAAGGAAAUGUCACCUAACAUACCUAUAAAGCCAGAUAUCAACCAAAGUGGUUCUGGGACUCCUUCAGGAGCCCCUAACAAAAUCACAAGGAGCGUCUACCACCAAAUCGCUUUACAGAAUAUCAAAGAGCGCCUUCGACCUUUUCAAAAUUCGCCAAAUUCUGAUGUAAGUGAACUGCAGCAGGGAAGUGCCAGUACAUCGUCCCAGGGCAGUGAGGAUGGGGACAGCAUUGGCAAGCACCUCAGCGAUGAAGUCACACUCGAGUCAAUUGGCGGACACAAUGGCUAUAUCAAGCUUGACAAGUCACAACUCCUACAGAAUCGUAAACAGAGUAUUGAGAUGCCAGUGCAGAAUGGAUUUACGGACAGUACUAGUGAAAGGUCUGAUAGUCCGCAGUGUUCACUUCCUAGUCGGACAUUACCGAAUGAUACAUCAGUGGCGAAUCUAACACCAGUAACUAACGGCGAUCAGAUUCCUCCACCUGUGCCCCCACGGAUACCAAUAGUGUCGAGUAGUUCGGCACUGGGAAUGAAUCAAACCACACCAAUGAGCAAACAGAAUAUGAUGGAGACUUCGCAAAUUAACCACCACCAUCAAAUGGUCAACCAACAGCUGCCAUCACGACAGUUGAACAUGAUUCCGUCGCCCGGUGACAUGCAGCAAAUAAUUCCGGGACAACCACAUAUCAAACACAGUACCAUGUUAAAUCAACUACAUCAUCAUCAACAGCAGCAGGCGCAGGGCCUAACACACGCGGGGCAUAUCACACCGCAACGCAGGAGUCCUGUCAACAGUCUGGGUCACCAGCCUGUCAUUGUACAGAGACCUACAGGACAGUUGGUAACAAUAUCUAAUCCUAGUGGAAUAGGCUCUGGUGGUAAAGGGCAGAUAACUAUCCGUUAUUCCAAACCACCUCCACCGUAUAGUCAGCAUCCGGUGAGUAGAUCACCAGUAGUUAACAUAUCAGGUCAAGGUCAUACGGAACAGUCGCACCUUAUUUCAUCCACCGUUCCUCCAGUGUAUCGGCCAACUCCACGGUACGAGACUCAGAUCACUGUUAAUAACACAGUACCAGGUUCUGGAUCAGAUAAUGUUCUCAAAAAGACUGGUCUUUCUCCAGCACAAUCAAUGGCAUACUGUACUAAACCAGAAAUUGUGUCUGAGACAGUAAAGAGUAAAAAAGUGACUAAACCUAAACCUAUGACGGCCACAAUACCUAUGUCCCCGGCUCAGUCACCAGGGCCAAAUUAUGUUUCUCAUUCACAGGGCACCAGCUAUGUAACAUCUCAGUCUUCUGGGUCUAACUACGUCACCGCACAGUCUCGUGGUACAAACUUUGUUUCACAGUCACCAGGUACAAAUUAUGUGACAUCACAGUCGCCAGGUACAAAUUAUGUGACAUCACAGGCGCCAGGUACAAAUUAUGUGACAUCACAGGCGCCUGGUACAAAUUAUGUGACAUCACAGGCGCCAGGUACAAAUUAUGUGACAUCACAGGCGCCAGGUACAAAUUAUGUGACAUCACAAUCGCCUGGUACAAAUUAUGUGUCGUCUUAUGAAGCAAAAGUAGGAGUGCCAAGCCCUCGACCUCCAACUCCUGAAGUUCAGAUAAAAAUCCAACAUCAACCCCAUAUUGUGCAACAGAAAUCUUCAAUGAUGCGUCCUGAUUCCAUGCACCCCCAUAUGGCAGGUCAAGGCCAUGGGGGCCAGCCCCAGAUUCAAAUAAAUCUUGGACAGCAUGGCCCCCACUUUGCUCGUAGUGUUGUGGUACAGCGGAGCCAGGUACCAUAUGAAUAUAUCAGACGUCCUUUGGACACUCCUGGGUCGACCCCAAGGUCAGACUCCCCCAUAUCUUUAAGGGGCACAAACCAGUCACCCAUGUCAACCACAUCAACAAGUAAUUCAGAUAUUCCAGAUAGACUUUCAGAUAAAAUCCCUGACAAACCCCCACCCCCUUACCCUGGAAAACAAAACAAACAGGCUCAUUUACCCCCACAUGUGCAAAUAGUGACUCCGUACGCUCAUCAGCAUCCCCCUUCAUCUCACCCACAGUUACAAAUGAAUUACCCUGUUCACUAUGGUCAAAUUCAAGGGCAAAAUCAGGAACAGCCACCGCUGCCACCAAGAGUGCCUCUACAUAGAAUUUCUCCAGAAUCUUCAGACACACCUCCACCUGUGCCAACAAAAGGAACAGUAGUGUCACCCCCACCUCUUCCUCCCCAUUCCACUGGCAAACCGUCGAGGGGGAGCUCACAAAAAGUUAAUGGUGCAAGUAAAAAUGAACAAAAUGAUGAAACCGAUGAAACAACGUCAACAGUUUCUGACGCAAGCAGUUGUAGUCACUCUGAAAAAACAAGGUGUACAUCUCCAAUGCCGGAACGAAAAGCUGAUGCAAAGGAAAAGGACUCUUUACGUGGUGAAACUUUAGUGAGAAACUAUUCACCGCAAGCAUUUAAAUUUUAUAUGGAACAACAUAUAGAAAAUGUGUUAAAAUCUCACAAGGAGCGAGAAAAAAGACGAUUACAGUUAGAACGUGAAAUGUCGAAAGUGGGACUGUCUGAUGAAGCUCAGCACCAAAUGAGGCGCAUGCUUCAUCAGAAAGAAUCCAACUACAUCCGAUUAAAAAGAGCAAAAAUGGAUAAAUCUAUGUUUGAAAAAAUUAAUUCGUUAGGCGUCGGUGCAUUUGGAGAAGUGGCACUUGUACAAAAGAAAGAGGUCAAUCAACUGUAUGCCAUGAAAAUGUUACGGAAGAGUGAUGUGUUAAAACGUAACCAAGUGGCUCACGUCAAGGCGGAGCGUGAUAUAUUGGCGGAGGCAGACAAUGAGUGGGUGGUGAAACUCUACUACUCCUUCCAAGAUCGUGAUAAUCUGUACUUUGUGAUGGACUAUGUACCAGGCGGAGACCUUAUGGGUCUUCUUAUAAAAAUGGAAAUAUUCGACGAACCUCUUGCUGUCUUCUAUAUUGCAGAAUUAGUGCUAGCCAUUGAAAGUGUGCAUAAGAUGGGGUUCAUUCACAGAGACAUCAAACCGGAUAAUAUUUUAAUUGACAAAGAUGGACACAUGAAACUAACAGACUUUGGAUUAUGUACCGGAUUUCGAUGGACACACAAUUCCAAGUACUACCAGCCACAAGGUCACCACCUAAGACAAGACUCUAUGGAUGUGAACUUUGCAUCUGAAGUAGAGUGUAAAUGUAGCCUACCCCUAAAACCCCUCGAACGGCGCCGAAAACGCCACAACCAUCGCUGUCUCGCACACUCUCUUGUUGGCACUCCAAACUACAUCGCUCCCGAAGUCCUUGCCGUCAGUGGUUCAGGGUAUACAAAGUGCUGCGAUUGGUGGAGUGUUGGCGUGAUUUUGUACGAGAUGUUGGUGGGACAGCCUCCCUUCUAUGCGCCAACUCCACAGGAAACACAAAUGAAGGUCAUCAAUUGGAAACAGAAUUUGAAAAUUCCAAGGGAGGCCAAUCUGUCGCGUGCAGCAGAGGAUCUGAUCUUAAAACUGUGUUGCGACCAAGAGACGCGUUUAGGUGCUAAAGGUGCGGCUGAGAUCAAGGAGCAUCCAUUCUUCUACUCACUGAACUUUGAGGGGUUACGGAAACAGACAUCUCUGUAUAAACCCAAAAUUAGUCAUCCCACUGACACAUCAAACUUUGACCCCAUUGACCCUGAAAGAGUCAGGGAAAGUGACCCAGACGAGGAAAUUAAAAAACCAGACCAUCCGGUCAACGGAAAACAUCCUGAGCAUGCAUUUUUCGAGUUCACAUUCCGCAGGUUUUUUGAUGAUGGUGGACAUCCAUAUCCCAUGAAAAACUGGGAGCAUGGUAUUGAGAAAGAAAGUGACACUGCAAAGGAAUCCGAGUCAUCUAAUGCUCCAGUCUACGUAUGACAUCACAUCCUGACUCGCCUAUAAGUCCAAGGGGAGUAUAGUCGAGUCUCAUACCCAACACUACAAAAGUCGUCAAAGAUAAAGAUGGUUUUCACAAAAGCUGUUGUUAGGUUAAAAACAGAAUUACAUCUCUCUUUACAAAAUGAUAUCUUUUUGCAAGUUCAUUUAUUAAAUGUUUAUAGUUUUUGAGUCAAUUGCUUAGCAAUGGAAUGUGAGUGCAAAGGAUUGUUUUGAUGCCAUGUUAUUUUAGCCAUACGACCACCCUACACUUGUGGAUCAUCUGAAACCUGAUGGAGAUGUUUAACCUCGACACCACUGAUGGAGUUUUCUCCAAAUCAGAAACUGGUGGAAACUUCAAUACUAUCACAUCAAAGUACUUUAAUUUAACCUCAGCUUAUCACAAAAUAGGGUAAAUUUGUUUUCAUACAUCUUGAGGCGAGCAUACUUUUGUGACUCCAUCUUUAUUUAUGAAGGGCUCUUGGAGGAAAAUGAGAUAAUUCUACGUACCAUAUCUAAAUUAUCAGCAGAAAUUUUCUCAUCAAAUUUGAAUUAUAUUAGAUGUAUAUUGAUGUGGUGGUUUUCCUCCAGGAGUCUUUAUAUUGAUGAUAUUUGCAAGAUGGGGUUAUUGUUUUAGCUCCCAUGACUUGUGGAUAGAUACUGGGAGACUUGUAUCUUGUAUAGAGAGAGAGAGAGAGCACUAUCUGAACACAGAUACAUAGAGUGAGGGAGACAUUUUGUUGUUAGAUUUUUGUUUCAUUUUGGAUCAAAUCCAAAGAAAAGAUAUUAUUUUGUACCAAUGAAAACAGUGUUUAUAAUGCUUAUCAAAACAGUCUUUCAUCAUUGUACAAAUCUCGUAAAUUUGACAACACGUUUUUGUGGACGUCUUUCAAAACUAUGCAUUUCUUGAGCGAGAUGUUUGAUCACUGUCAAAACUAGAUACCCUAUCAUGUCAAUAAAAAAAGAAGUGGAAAUUAACAAAAUAGCGUCAAUACCAUGUGUAAGAUGAGAAACGUGGCACUGUUGACAUACAAUAUGUCUACAUUGAGUAACGUACAUCAUGACAAUUAUUAAUUAUUAUAUUCAGAGUGUAUAAGAAAUAAACCACAUUUUCAGAAGUAAAUUAUUUCAUAUUUUUAUGGAAAGUUAUUUUGAAACUGCAGCUGAAUUAAUAGACAUGGUUUGUAACAUUCCUCCACAAAGUUAUUCUUAUUGUGCAAUAUCAACAAACAAGUGCUCUUAACAUUGGUUCAGGUAAUUUAACAAAUUUUGAUUUUGAGAUAAAAUAUUUAUAUGCAAAUGUGUAUAUAUUUUUUCUGGUAAAUAAGAAGUGUUUAGAUUAAGCAUAAUGAUGAAAUUAUCUUAAAUUGACAGGUUAUUGAGUAUGUGGCCCAAUCCCCACUGAGACAGGUGUAUUACAUGGCCCUAGUCCUCACUGAGACAGGUGUAUUACAUGGCCCUAUUUCCCACUGAGACAGGUGUAUUAAAUGGCCCUGUUCCUCACUGAGACAGGUGUAUUACAUGGCCCUGUUCCCCACUGAGACAGGUGUAUUACAUGGCCCUGUUCCCCACUGAGACAGGUGUAUUACAUGGCCCUAUUUCCCACUGAGACAGGUGUAUUACAUGGCCCUGUUCCUCACUGAGACAGGUGUAUUACAUGGCCCUAGUCCCCACUGAGACAGGUGUAUUACAUGGCCCUGUUCCCCACUGAGACAGGUGUAUUACAUGGCCCUGUUCCCCACUGAGACAGGUGUAUUACAUGGCCCUGUUCCCCACUGAGACAGGUGUGGGGACUAGGGCUGUAUAAUCAACACACCUGUCUCAGGUGUUGGUACAUACUGACCACUUGAAAUAUUCACCAACCUUCUCUAGAAUAUUGACAUACUCACAAUGCUGUUGUAGCAGUUAUUCCAAUGGAACUGACCACUUGAGCUUUUCCCAAUGUCUGUUUGGUGAGAAUUUUACCAAGGACUCCUUUAAAUUUGUUUAUUCAUUGUUGGGAAAUGUACAAGUACACAGUGUGGAUCCACUGGGUCGUUCAUGGGGUCAAAGGAUUUGAUGAGGGAAAAAAAAGAGAAAACUGACCAUCCUAUGUUAAUGACAUCUACACAUUAUAAUCCUACUAAUACAUACUGGUUAUAAGGAGAAAAUAGACUGUCCCAACACCUUUCUUCUGUAUAAAACUUGAUAGUUAAUGUCUUAUUUCGGCUAGAAUUUCGACUGCUUCUCUUUAAAAGACAGGAUGUCACAAGCUCCAUUUUUCAUAAUAAAAAAAAAGAUCCGAGAUCCAAUAGCAAUCGCAGUUGCAAAGUUAUGAAUAUGUGCUACAGAUAAUGGGGAGUAACCCCAGUUAGAAAAAAAAACAAGCUAAAAACAAGCUGAAUACAGUAUAAAGGAUUGGGACACUCUACCUUAAUCAUAGGAUCUGGCGAGAUGACAAACCUCUACAUACCUAACUCCUUAAGGUUGUAAAAGCAAUGUUGAUUAACAUUCUUAAUUUCCACCUGUAUGUUUUUGUUGAGUUUUUGUACCUGGCCCUCCCCUAAUGCCUGUUUGUUAAGUAGAGCCUAUCCAGACAGAUGUGGUGAUCCAACAGCCCGAGCGCUAGCCAACUUAUCAUAAUUUUGCAGGGUAUAUCAUAAUUUAUAAGAGGAAUGGUAUCACCUUAAAGUGCUUUUAACAAGAUUUCUGUGUUAUCUAGUUUGAUCUGUUGAUCGACAGUCUUACCUUGUUGUCAAGGUAUCUGUUUUAGUGUUUAUGUUUACAGCUAAUGCUUCUGUCCUGUAUGUUUGUAAAUAUAUAUACAUUAUAUAUAUAUAGAAUUAAUUUACCUGUAUGUAUAAUAGUUAUGUAUAAAACAAGAAAUAAAAAGGGCUUGAGCUUGUAGCUUGUAUGCCUAGAUUUCCCAUGGUGCAACCUAUGUACAAUGUAAAGAAUUCCUCUGAGAGUGUUGAGUUUGAAUGUGUGUAUUGAAUGUCUGCGGUAUGUAUGUGUUUAAAUACAGGUGAUGAUGUGUAGAAGUUAAUAUGAGAGAGGACACAAAAAGGUCAGUAUACAUGUGUGUGAUUAAGUGUGAUAGGGGAUGUACAGUUAUGAGUGAACACCUUGGAGGAAAUCUGUAAAUGUGAUUGUGCACACAGCCUACAUGUAAAUAGUGUGCUCUCCCUGCCUAUAUUGGUAGUAUAGUAGAUGGCCACUCGCAACAGGGGUAACAACUGCCAGGCUACUGGGAAUAUGUAUGAUUAAACUGGCAAUAUUCUCAAAAUAAAAGAUGUCAACAUAAA